AUGCAUUUCCAGCCCAUAGAGAACUCCUUCGAGGAUGCCUAUGUUUCCCACCUUGGCGGAGGGCCUAGAGUAGAACUGCACGCAAGCCUCGAUCAGCUCGACGACGUCUUUGGUUCCACGCCAGCUUCACCAGCCGAGCCAGAGGCGCAGAGCAGCUCUCAUCCUUCAGACAUAAGGCGGCUGGAAACUGAACACACAAAUGCCGGAUAUCGAGAAGGCAUCACCGUAGCCAAGGAGGCGAGCAUUCAGGGUGGAUUCGACGAGGGCUUUAGUCUAGGGGCAACUAUUGGAUUGCGGGCCGGGCAGCUACUCGGCAUGGUUGAAGGCAUUGCCGAUGCGGUCAAGGGCCAACCAGGCGAGGCGGCAGAGACGGCAGAAAAGUUGCUAAACGAAGCCAGGGACGAGCUGAGUACUGGCAGAAUUUUUUCGACAGAGUAUUGGGCACCAGAUGGCACCUGGAACUACGACGUGACCGCCCAAGACGGUGAUCAAAUUCUAUUCCCCGACGUGGCUGCUGCGCACCCUUUGAUACAGAAAUGGAGCAGGGUCGUUGACGAACAGACGAACAUGUGGCAUAUUCAAGUGUCUAUUUUGGAUGAUGAUGCCAAUGGGCCGCGUCUGGACACAGCUUCGGUUGAGCCACCACUCAACGUAUCUGCCCCUACACGAUCAAAGCAAUCUCUGGAUUGGUGA